AUGAUUAAUAAGUUAAAAGUUUUCUUUAUCAUAUAUAUUCAAUUAUCCUUAAUUUUACCUAUAUCAACCUUAGAAAAUACUACUAAUACUUUGAAUUAUGAUAUUGUAAUUAUUGGUUCUGGACUUACUGGAUUGACUGCAGCUAGAGAAAUAAAAUUAAAGAAUCCCUCUGCAUCUGUUGUUAUUUUAGAGGCAUCAAAUACUUCUGGAGGAAGAGUUCGUGGACAAUUACUUUCAAUCUCAAAAGAUGAACCUUCAAAAAAACAGAUGGUUGAUAUUGGAGCAAUAUGGAUUUCACCAUCACAUAAUGAGAUUAUCGAAUUAGCCAAAGAGUUUAACCUCGACCUUUAUUCACAAGCUAAUUCCUGUGGUGAGAGAACAAUAUUUGUAAAUAAUAAUAAUACUCAAAAUUUUAGAUUUAAACGACAAUCAGAUUGGAAUCAAUUACCUGGAGGUGGAAGUUCAAUAUUAGAAUUAUCUUCACCAACAAUAUUUAAUGAACUUUUAUCUCAAAACUGUCAAGAUUUUAUCAAUUCAAAUUCACUUUUAGAAUCAACAAAAGAUAGUGUAUUUAGAUUUUUACAAACUUUUUACGAUGCACCAGCUAACUCUAUAUCAGCACUUCAAUUGAUGCUAACCCUUUCUAGUGAAAAUGAAGAUAUUCAAACAUUAUUAAAUAACCAAGGUCAUGGUAAAAGUUUAAUAAUGAAAAAUUCUUUACAAUCACUUGUAAAUCAAAUGACAAAAGAUACUUUAAUCAAUUAUAAUCAAGAAGUUUCAAGUAUCUUUAUACUUGCUGAUAAUGGUGAAGUUAUAAAAAACAAUAGCUUAACUGGUUCUCAAGUUUUUAUUACUACUUCAAAUGGACAAAAUUAUGUGGCCCAAGAAGUUAUUGUAGCUAUUUCUCCACAAAAAACUUCAAAAAUAAGUUUCGAACCAGAAUUAAAUGACUCAGAUAGUAACUUUUUAUCUAACUAUAAAUCAUAUGGUGAUGCUUACUAUUUUGUUGCAUCAUUUACAUCCCCAUUUUGGCGUAAAAAUAAUCAAAGUGGUCAAAUAAUUUUUUCUGAUCAAACUGCAUCUAAUUCAUUGUAUUGGAUGACAACUUUUGACAUUAGUGAAGAUAAUAAUUGCCAAACUGAAAAUAAUAUUGGAUUAUUAUAUGGUAUAGCACAUUUUGCUACAGAGUUAGAUGAACAAAAUAGAAUACAGGCUUAUACAAAUAUUUUAAAAGAAAAUCUUGGAAAUCAGACAGAAGAAUUAAUUGAUAUUAAAGAUAUCCAAUGGACUAAACAGCCAUAUGUAAAUGGGCUUGUUGGAGUUAUUCCUGUUAAUGGAAUGACAAAUUUUUCACAAUUAUCAGCAAAUUUAUUUAAAAAAAGAAUACAUUUUGCCUCACCAGAAUUAUCAUUAAAAUCAAUGGGUACUAUUAAUGGUGGUGUUAUCAUAGGAAAAGAAAUUGCAAAUGCAGUUUUGCAAGAGAUGACUAAUUUACCAGAAAUUAAGUUACAAGAUGAUUCAAGUAAUAAAACAAUAGUUAAUAACAUUAUUGAUAGAAACAAUAAUUCAUAUUUUAUUACUACAAUCAUACCAACAACUGAAGAAGUGAACACAGAUAAAACAACUUUUUAUUACAAUACAACACCUCAUUAUAUUGAAGAGACAGCAUUAACAAAAUCAACUACAACACAAUCUUAUGAAUCAACAACACCUAAUCCUAAUGCUUUUGUUUAUAAUACCAGUAAACAUUAUUUUGAUGAAACAACUGAUAAUUCAAAGACAACUGAAUCAUAUAAUCAACAAAGUACUAAUAGUCCAAUAGCAAGUACUUAUUUAAAUGAUAAUUUAAAUGAAUUAACAACUUUGACAAUGCAAACAACUGAAACAACAUUAUUAAAUAAAAUUAAUUCAACAUAUAUAGAUUUUGAAAAUUUCACAACACCAAAUUAUUUAGUAGAAUCAACAACAUACAACUCAACAACUAAUUACUCUCAAAUUGGUAUUUUUAAUGAUGAUGAUAAUUUAGAUACUACCAUGUUUCCAUAUAAUACAACACCUCAUUAUACAUAUGAUCAGACAACAGAUAUUACCUCAAAUAAAAUUAAUAAUAAUCAAGAAAUAAAUGUAACAUCUGUUUCAUCAAUAGAAUCAAGUACCUUCCCAUAUUCUACAAGUUCACAUUAUCCAGAAGACUAUGUUUUAUCUUCUUCAUCACAAUCACCAACUACUCCAAAUAGAGUAGAAUUUUAUACAACUGAAAAAAGUAGUUUGAAUAAUUCAUUAAAUGAUAAAACUACAAAAGAUGAUUUUUCAUCUGACUCAUCAAUUACACAAAAAUAUGCUGAUGCAAUACAUAAAGUUAAUGGUACAAAUGACAUAAAUGAAAUAAAUAGUUUAAUUUCACAAAUUCAAAUGGAUAUAUCAAAUGUUAGUAAAGAAGAUAGUCUCUAUUUAAUUAAACAAUUAAAUGAGCUAAUUGAUAUGUUAAUUGAUGGAAUACAAAAUAAUCAAGGCAUCUAA